AUGAGUUUGAAAGAAGUAUUCGAACAACAUCCAUGGAGGUCAUUUAAGAAGUUCAAUGAAGCUGCAAAGAGUUGGGGAUUUACUAACAGAGCUGAAGUUAAAAGGUUCUUUGACAAAAAUGUUGUACAUCAAACAAAAAUAAACCCUUACGACUACUUUUUACCAAUUUACUCCAAUACUCCUGACGCAUACCAAUUUGACACUCUCAUUCAAAGCAGAAAAGGAGGACAUAAACCAUUCCUCAUCUUCAUAAAUGUUAAUACUCGCAAAGCAUAUGCAUAUCCAAUGAGGAAUAAAGGAACUCGUGAAGUGUUAAGAGUUUUACAAAAGUUUGUAGCAGUACAUAACCCAAGUACUUUAACAUCAGACCAAGACAGUGCAUACCUCAGCAAUGAAAUCACAGAUUUUCUCAUUAAGCAUAACAUAACUCACUACACUACUGAAGACCAUAACCAUAACAUACUCGGUAUCAUAAACCGCUUCAUAAGGACACUAAGAGAUUUAAACCAAGAGCGAGACUUAGUUAGUAUACAUAUUUUCAGUACGGUGGCACUGCGCGUCAUCUUACCGAAAAUAUGUCAAUCUGGCACUUUACAAAACCACUAA